UUUUCUGUCCGGAUUUUCACUUUUCACUGAAAUACGCCACUUUUUUGCCGGUAAGAAGCGAGCACUCGUGAUAGGAACUCACGGGCGGGUACUAUUGUGCGCACCCGGAAGGAAUUUUGUGCGACUACAUUUCGAAAAAAACUGUAGCCUCGCUAAUCCUGUACUGUAUAGGCAACUUCCGGGACCUUCUGACAAGGAUGUGUGUUGCUCAAUGGAAAACAAAUGGCGAAAUAAAGGAUUUUGGAGUAGCUGUUGUGCAAGAGUGUCCGCCCAAAGGUACCAGCUGUGGCAAAAGUUCCUUUGGAAACAGACGCGCACUUUUUGGGGAGCAACCUAAUCCAGACAGUGUGCGACUCUUCACUAUUUCUUGGAUCUAUGUAGAUCUGCGCGCGUUACAUCUGAUUUCUAGAUCUAUGGCCACCGCCUGACUACUUAACGCACGUCCCGCGUGGGCAAAGGGAGCUGAUCCCCAGUAAGUAGGGCGACGGGUAUUGGGGGGCGCUAGGAGAAGCUGGAAGGGACUUCUCUUGCCAUGCUCUUCCCAUCUUCGUGGUGGCGUCCCGCGGGAGCUCGGUAAGUUGUCCUUGAGAGGAUCCGGUCGGUGCCUUUGGGCGGCAGUCCCAUACACAGAGCCCCAUGUAGCUCGACGGGGGUUUCCUUUUUUUGUCCUAGCAAGGUUGCAUUCAGUUUAAUUCGAGCGGGUGGGUCGCGGAAUGUGCCCUUUCUAUCUCCAUUGCCAGGCCUGCCAGCAUGGAACAAAGCUUAUUCGGGUGCAGAGCCUGGCCUUAGUCUCCAUCAGGACCUGCAAAAAUAUAGUCUCUAACCACAGAAACAACUGCUGCAAUUUCCCCAGCGUGGUUGCGGUGCUGUGCAAAACUGAGAACGUUUGCCACGCACGCUUUAUUCUUGGUGCUAUCCCAUUACAGGGAGUGGAAACCUGUGGUAUAUAAAAAUUUAGUGUUAUCCACUUGCGCCAGCACUGAGACCUUCACGUUUGGCAUGUAUGGCUGGGCUGUGAAAUUAAUGCGAGUGGGAGGAAAUGUAUUGUUUCCUUUGUAGCUUAAGGCCUAAUAACGAAUUGUCCUUUUUGGUAUUUCAGAGGACUAAAAUGAUUAACGUAAAGCUACAAAUUACCCUAGCAAAUCUUUCAUAUCCCCUCAUACGAGCUAUUUGAGAGUAAACAAUGAAUUCUGUUUUUUCCCUUAGGUGGUCAGUAAAACAAACAACUGGAAUAGACAAUUUCUGCAUAUUAUUCAGUCAUAUAAAACUCUACGACUAAAACAUGAUAAUCCAGUCAUCUCUGAAGAAAUGCUUCCAGUUACACUACCGGUAUGUCCUCAAAGUUCCAGCUGCUGGCUUCAAAUGUGCAACGAGAGGGCUGAUCCUGCAGUCUGUUUCCCAGGAUGUUUAUCAGAAUUUAGCUUUAGAAGAUUGGAUCCAUGAUAAUAUGAAUUUGGAAAACAGACACAUUCUUUUCCUUUGGAGAAAUUCUUCUACUGUAGUGAUUGGUAGACAUCAGAAUCCUUGGCAGGAAUGUAACCUCAGAUUCAUGAGACAGAAUGGUAUAAAACUAGCUAGAAGAAAAAGUGGGGGAGGAACAGUUUACCAUGAUCCUGGCAACAUCAAUCUCACUUUCUUUACAAAUAGGAAGAAGUAUAAAAGAAUGGAAAAUUUAAAACUAGUGGUUGGAGCAUUGAAAGCCCUGCGGCCCCAAUUAGAUGUGGAGGCUACAGAGAGAUAUGACCUCUUGUUAAAUGGGAUUUUUAAAAUCUCAGGAACUGCUGCAAAAUUAGGAAGGACUGCUGCUUAUCACCACUGCACCUUGCUCUGCAGUGCUGAUAAAUUCAUUUUAUCAACUGUGCUCAAGAGUCCUUACAAUGGGAUAAAAAGCAAUGCCACGCCAAGUGUACCUGCCUUAGUGAAAAAUCUCUUUGAAGAAGAACCUACUUUAACUUGUGAGAUGCUCAUUGAUGCCAUUGCAGAAGAAUAUGCUGCAUACCACCAAAUUGAUAACCAUAUUGUUGAAAUAAAUCCAGCUGAUGAAACAGAAUUCCCUGGAAUUAAUAACAAAGCAAAAGAACUGCAAUCCUGGGAUUGGCUAUAUGGCAAAACACCAAAGUUCAGUAUUAGCACAUCCUUUAAUAUAGUUGAUGAACAAUCUUGCCUUGAAAUUAAGAUAAAUGUGGAUAUAAAAAAUGGAAAAAUUGAAACUUGCAACAUUGACGUGCCUCCUUUCUGGUUGCCACCAAUCAUGUGUGAUGAACUGAAAAACCAUCUUAUUGGCAGCAAAUUCUGUCCAAAGGAAACCACUGCAGUAGCAGAUGCUUUGAUGAGAACAUGCACAGAUUAUAAGAUACACGGCAAGUGGAGUCUCUUGUGUGAGAAUAUAGUAUCUCUAAUGUAGUUGAUUCUUGAUAAUCAAUCCUUUAUCAAUACAGUCUUAUUCUAGCAGAGGGUUUUAAGGACUUGGCCAAAUAUGAGAUUUAAUAGUGAAGUAAUAGACUGCUGAAUGUAAACAAAUUCACUUUUUAUUAAAACAAAGAAAAUUAAAAAAAUACAAACUUGUUAAUCAAGUCAGUUUUGUUUUUUAAAAUGUUUAUCACCAGUCCUUAGAAGUCUUCUCUUUUAAAAUGUACAUAUUUAUUUCUUAAAGCUAGCAUCCUACAGACUUGCCCAAAUGGAUCACACAAUGGCUUGCAAACAGUAUAAAACAAAAUAAAAAUACUGGUAGAAAGAAACAUGGCAUAGUAUAGCAUUAAAAACAUGUACCUAGACAUUCAAGACAAGAAUCUUAAGGUUUUUACGCCUUCUGAAUUCCCAGUUCUAGUAAGAAAUAGAGGCAUCAUGCUAAGCGUUGUUAGCUUGAGAGCCUUACUUGAAAGCAACUUCUAUUUAAGUCAAUCAUCAAUGUAAAAGUACUUAAGACUUUGGUGAUCAUGUACCUCCUAGCAGUUUAUUAGGAGGUGGCUUUAAAAGAGAGACCUAGAACAUAGGGAUUAACCAAGAGGCUGCUAUUUAAAGGAGGUUCACAGGAAUGUUCUUUCCUUCUCCCAUUGUUGACAGGUUGGCAUAGUGCUCGAUUUUGCUGUGCUGAUUCUAGACUCUAUAUAGAGUGUCGAAGCCUGUGUCUGUCUGGGUUGCUCUCCUUUACAAGAGUUCUGCCUUUUCUCAUAGGUAAUCCACAGUGAUCAUGUCCGUAUUAUGCCGGUCUGAGGUUCCCCUAAUGUGGGAAACUCCAUUGUUGCGUGAUGACAUCAGCCUGUUAUUGUGACAGAAGCUGCAUGACUGCCCCCAGAAUUCUGUUUCUUCAGUAAAUUGGCAUAAAAGGCAAAAGCUCCCUGUACGGUUCCAAAUUCAUUGAGCAUAUUAAGUGGACAGCUUUAUUAUACAUAGCGGUAGCAUCUUACCAGUUUUGACCCCCAGUGAAGUUAGCUGCUUUUUCACACGUUUAAGAUGCCUGUAAUAUCUGAGUUUGGAAGAUUUUUGCUACUUGCUUAGUUCAGCGAUUCUUAAAAUAUAGUCUGGGAACCAUCAACAUCCCUGUUUAACUUGUGGUCCCUGAGGUUAAUAUGGGGUGUAUCCUUCCAGACUAAGCUAAUUACAGCUUUAGUUUAACUGAAAUUAGCCAAGUUUAAGUUAGCCGUGAUUAACUUGUCUCAUGGCUAUGUAUGGGACUAAAGAAGAACUAAUUUAGUCUGAAUCCAGCCCAGUUAAAAUAGGAGGAAAAUGCUGUCAGAGGGUUUCUUUGACACCUCUACCACAUGGUGAAGAAGCAACCAACUUCUCAGUUUAAAACUUAAAUCUAUACGCAGUGCAAAUGGCUGUAGUGAAAACUGCUAUAAAUCUUCCAGCUAUAUGCACAAUUAUUUCCUGUGCACCAAUCAAGUUUUGCUGAAUUGUAGCUGUUUAGAGACAAAUGCAGUAGUCAAAUGUUUUACUUCAGAGGCUUUCUUGAGUAUCCUUCCACAUGGUAUGGGGAGAAAAUGAGAUAGUCUAGCACAAGGAAGCAAAUCAGAAUUGUGUUCUUCACCGACAGUUCAUUACUCCGGGGCAAACAUGCCAUUUUGUUUAGAUAAGCUAUUGGGCUGAUGUGCAGAUUUUUUAAAUUGAAAAAAAUACAAUCAGUUUACUUUACAAAAAAUGCAUAGUGGAAGGAGUAGCUCUUGCUCAAAAAACCAAACACACCAAUGAGACUGGUUGGAACGGAAACUGAGGGUCAUGUUUUCUUUGUAUGUUUAGUGUGAAAGAUGUCCACUGUAGUUUCAUGACAUGGUCUCAAAUCAAAAUCGCAGUAUCCAAGGCAAAAACGACCCUGUGGGAAACAAAUUAUUCUACCAAUUAAGCCAUUCAGCAAUUCAAAUUUAUUUUAAAAUGUAUAUUUUUCUAUUUGGUUCCCACCUGUGGUUUCUUAAAAUAAUCAAGGCCUCUUCCAAUUUUAAUCAUCCAUCCAUUGUUGAAUCUGUGUGUUAAAUGCAAAAAAGAGAAGUGCUUCUUCAAAAAUACAGAAACUAGACAUAUGUAAGGUUAACCAGAGAAAGAAAAUAAUUUCACAGCACUCUUAAUAUGUAAAAAGAUCAGGGAGCACAGGUAAGUGGAAUUAGGAUAACAGUCUUAAUAAACAAUUAUAUGGGUUAUAGCCAAUGUUAGUCAUUCUCAGGGUUGAGCUGCUGAAAUAAAUCCACUGAUUUCAAUGGAUAUACUAUCAUGAUUUAGUUGAUUAUCACCACCUGUAUCUUAAUCAAUGUGGAACAUUUUAUUCACAUGUCACCAACCUAAUUUCUCGAUCAUGUAUUGAUGGAGAGUAUGAUACAUCCAGAGUAACGCCAAAAUCUUGCAGGGAUUGUUUUAUCUCUUCUAGGAUAGUCAUUUGUUGACUCUGUUCAUUGCCCUGUAAAGAUUUGUUUGCUUUAAAAAUCAAAUAAAGAUAAUGGCCGACAUACUGUAAAUUCAUAUAUUUCUCAGAAUAAAUAAGCCUCUUCAAUAUUUUCACUUUUACCAAUGCAGAUACUAAAAUUUAACGUUAAACAUAAUUCCUGCAAAGUAUCCUACAAAAUGGAAUGUGUGUGUUUGGUAGAUGGAAUAAGUAAAAGUUAAGAGGUUAGAUGUCAUAGGACAAAAGAUGAAAACACCACACACCAAACCAAGCCCCACCUACACACACUGCUAACUAUGAAUUCAAACUAAGACUUGCAAUGAAGUCCAUAAAAGAUUAUUUACAGUUAAAAAAACCUAGACUACCAGCUCUCCAAACACACUUAAAUUAUGUCAUUUGAGCACACUAAUGGCUUGAAAGGAGAACAACCCUGUUGUAAAACAUGUUUUGCAUGAGUAUCACCCCAGAUUCAAUUUUUCACAUCUGCAGGAAGGCUUAGAAACCACUUGAAACAUUUGAGACCCUGGCUAAUCAAUAGACAGUAUCAAGCAAUCGUCUAAUUCACUAUAAAGCAGUUUCCUUGAUUAUAAUUACAAUUACCUAAAUUUAAUUACUAUUAUUUAAAUUUGUAUACUGCUCUUCAUCCACAGAUCUCAAGACGGUUCACAACAUAAUCUUCUUUAAUUAACAUUCUCUUCUAAUUAAUAAAAACUCUUAUUUCCCUUUUGUUAGUAAACACAGGCAAUUAGAUGAGUGGCUAUUCACAAGCCUGCCCUUACCCUAAAACAAUCUCCCCAGUACAAAAAGUGUCUACUUAUAGGUACAAAAUAUAGCAAUCUUUUCCAUCUUGUUUCCUUCACUACUGAGUUGUUGAAGAUAUCUGUCAGAAAUAGACCGGUAUCCUCAGAAAGAAAAAAGGUAGCAUAUUACUGUAAUUUCAGACCCAUUCUGAAUCCAGAAUAUAUUAUUACUGCUAGCAAAAUGUUAACUGAAAAAUUCCUUGACAAAAGCAAAUCCUUUUUUUACUUUUGCCAUGGCAAUUACAGUAACUGCUUAACUUCAGUAAGUACAACUUUAUAUGGAAUAACACUGCAACCCUAUGCAUAUAAUAUUUAAGUGUGUUUGGGGAGCUGGUGGUCUAGUUGUUGCUGUUAUUAUCAUUAUCAUCAUUUACUCAGAAGCAAGUAUCGCUGAAUUCCUUGGGACACAAUCCAAGUAAGUGGGUACCGGGAUUGCAGUCAGUGUAAAAUACUUACUUCAUUAUGAGAAGUAAGAAGAUGUAUAGUUUUCACUUUGCAUCGUCCUUUAACAAGCAUUUCACAGAAUCUUAAGAAGUUGUACAACUGUAAAUAAGUAAAGAAGAUUAAUUUUUUAGAUGGAAAAGAACAAAUCGUUUUGACUGUAUAAAUCAACCAUGUCUUACCUGAUGGACUUGCCUAAUGUAAGGGUCCUCAACCCAAACCUCUGUAACAGUUUCAUUAAGAUAUUCUUGGAACAGCUUUUCAUAGCUGAAACCUUUUGUAUUUUCUUCUAUUUUAAUUUGUUUGUGGUAUUUUCCAUCUAAAAAGAAGAAAACUUUUCACUUUGAAAAAAAUUACAGCAUGGCAUCUUUGAAUGAAAAAAAAAAUCCAAUAUAUAAUUCCGCAGGCAUAAUAAUGAAACUUACAUUACAGCUUCAUACCUUCUUUCUCUUUCUCAAUAUAUUUCUUAAUCUCUUCUGCCCUGUCCAUGUAACUUGUUAUUUUGUCUCUGUAAUGAGCCUUUUUCUUCUGAUCGUUUGUUGCUGAAAACAGAAUACAAGAUGCAGAAAGACAAUGAAAAAAAUA